AUGUGUACAGAUUCGGCCACGCGCGGAGGGGGGCAGGAGAGGGGGGAGCGGCCUCCUUGCACGACGCCUGCCCCCCAUCCCCCAUCUGUGCCCCUCCUGCGCGCAGCCAGUGCAUGCUGUUUUUCCGUCCUUCUGCGUACGCCUGGGCACCCAGACCCGGACGGCAGUACGCUCCUGGCUAUCGCGGACGCCUUGCUGCAGCAGAAGGCCAAGAGGGACGCGGGGAGCGACCCGAGGUUCAGGUACUGGCCGGACGACUACGGCGUGUUCCUGGACUGGUGCAGCGUCCACCAGAGGGACGCUCGCGGCGCCCGGACCAGGAUCGGGGAGGAGGAGGUGGCGUUUCGCGACGCCCUCGGGAACCUUGACCUCUUCUACGCCCACGCGUGGCCCACCACGCUGAUGCUGACGAGCCUUCCGGCCGCGCGGCCGUACUGCGAGCGGGGCUGGCCCACCUUCGAGUACGCGGCCUCCUGCCUCGUGAAAAGCGCCCACGGCUCCGUGUGGCCCCCCGCGAUCGACGCCGGGGACCCGGAGGGGAGGAGCCCACUGGACCGCGCGCCGGUCGACCCCGCCCGCUUCGCCGAGUCGAUGCGGCAGAGGACGUUCACGAACGGCGCGGCGGAGCUGGAGGUCUCAUCCAACUGUACGAGACCGCCAUCGCGCUCGCCUUCCGCGGCGUCGCAGGGCUCGACUUCAGCGGCCGCGGGUGGUCGCAGGAGACGAGGUGGAGGGCUUCGUGCCCCUGCUGCAGCUCGCCCGCCGCGCCCGCUGGCUCCGGAUGUAGUCAGGAUGAACGCCGUGCCCGGGCUCCGCGGCCGCGGCGCGGGCGCCCUGCUCCGCGCGCUGGAGGCGGGCGCGCUGCCGCAGCUGUGGGGGCUCUCCCUCGGCGGGGGCUCCCUGGACAAGGACGGCGCCACCGCCGUGCUGCUCGCGCUCGCGCGCGCGAAGGGCGCCCUGGGCGCCCUGGUGUUCCUCCAGCUGGGCGGCGAGAAGUUCGGGGACUCCGAGCUGAUGCAGCUGGCCCGCAGCGCCGAGACCGACGCGCUGCCGCCCCUGGAGGCCCUCGUCCUGAGCGGCAGCGCCUUCGGGUCCCGCGGCCUCCGGGCGCUCGGCGCCGCGCUGGCGCGGGGCAAGCUGCCGCGGCUGGACGAGCUCUGCAUGGACGCGUGUGCGCGGCUCGACGACGACGCGCUGGAGGCGCUGCUGCGGCCCCUGGCCGAGGGGGCCGCGCCGGAGCUCCGGCACCUCGACGUCUCCGGCAGCGCCGUGGGGGGCGAGGGGCUGCGCGCGCUGGCGCGCAAGCUGGAGCAGGGCGCCCUGCCCGCGCUGAAGGAGCUCGACGCCAGAGACCUCCAGGGCCAGGGCGUGGAGCAGGGCGCCGAGGCGCUCCGGGCGGCGCGCGCUGGUCUUUGCGUCACCCUGCGGUGA